AUGAAUGGCUAUUUUCAAACAAGCAGAGGGCUAAGACAAGGAGACCCGAUGUCUCUGUUGCUCUUUGUUCUGGGAAUGGAGUAUCUUAGUAGAAUCAUGAGCAAAGUUGGUGAAAAACAAGAUUUCUUUUUUCAUGAAAGAUGCAACGAACUCAAACUAAAUCAUCUCAGUUUUGCGGAUGAUGUACUAUUAUUCUGCAGGGGUGAUUUUAAAAGCAUCUACCGAAUGCUUCAAGGCCUGAAUUUGUUUUCAAAUUCCUCUGGAUUGGUCCCAAAUAAGUCUAAAUCAACCAUUUACUGCACUGGCAUGGAGGAAAAUGAAAUUAAAAGAGUGGUUGACAUGUCUGGCUUCACUAGAGAAGACCUUCCAUUCAAAUAUCUUGGUCUCCCAAUUUGUGCAAAAAGGAUUUCUAAGGAGGAAUGCAAGUUGUUAGUGGACAAGAUGAUUGCCCGAAUUAAGGUUUGGAGCACUAGAAAUCUAUCAUAUGCUGGGAGGGCUGUUCUGAUUAAUUCAGUUCUUCUCACUAUCCAUGCUUAUUGGAGUCAAGUUAUGAUUCUCCCCAAAAGAGUAGUUGCUGAUAUUGAAGCCAUAUGCAGAAGUUUUUUGGGGAAAGGGCAAAGUGUUAUGGCAGGUGCUGGGAAUAUUGCAUGGAAAAACAUAUGCAAGCCAAAGAAAUCUGGUGGUAUAGGUUUCAUGAGCAUACAUGAAUGGAACAAAGCUGCUGUUAUUAAAAAUAUAUGGGCAAUUGCAUCAAAGAAAGACAACUUGUGGGUAAAAUGGGUGCAUAAUGUCUAUAUCAACAAAGACUCUUGGUGGGAGUACGAGGCCCCUAUUCAAAGCAGUUGGUAUUGGAAGAAACUAGUUGAGCUCAAAAAUGAAUGGAAAGAUCAAAUCAACACAAGUCAGUUUGCUGCUGGAAAUUACAAAAUAUCUGAUGUAUACAAUCAUAUGACAGUAGGAAACCAAGUUUGUCACUGGAGUAAACAGGUGUGGUCGAGGAUGAACAUACCAAAGCAUAGCUUUUUGCUUUGGCUAGCUGUGCAAGACAGGUUAAAAACCAGGCGAAGACUAGUCAGAUUUCAGAUUGCAACAGAUGCACAAUGUAUUCUCUGCAAUGAAUCUGAUGAAACAGCCGAGCAUUUAUACUUAUGCUGCAAAUUCUCUAAGGAGUGUCUCGAACAAGUUAAGGCAUGGCUUGGCUGGGGAGCUACAACCAUAUCACUGCAGGAGAUCAUUAGAUGGAUAAAUAGAGCCAAGAAAUCCAAGUUCAGAAAGGCUGUAUAUGCGGCUGCUACUGCAGCUUUAGUCUAUCAUAUUUGGAGAACCAAGAACUGUAUUUUAUGGCAGGGAAACAACACUCAAAUGCAGCAGAUGAUUCAAGAAGUAAAGUGGCAAGUUAAAACUAGGAUCACUUGUGUGAUGCCUAAAAAAGUAGCUCAAAUAGUUUAUGAAUGGUUUGAUUCUUUGUAA